UUCUUAAACGGAAUAAUUUGACGUUUAAACGUCAAAUCUAGAAUUUGUAGGUUAUCUUAAACCAAACAAUAACAAUUCCAAGUAUUUCCACGAAAAUUAUAAAAUGGUAUGCGAAAAAUGCGAGAAAAAACUUGGGAAAGUAAUCACGCUCGAUACUUGGAAAAGUGGGGCGAGAAAUACGACGGAAUCUGGAGGGAGGAAAGUAAACGAAAAUAAAGCGUUAACAGCAACGAAAAACAGGUUUAGUCCAUAUACUUCUAAAUUUGAAACUUGUCGAAUUUGUAGACAAAAAGUUCACCAAGUUGGAUCUCAUUACUGCCAAGCUUGUGCUUAUAAAAAAGGUAUAUGUGCUAUGUGUGGUAAAAAAUUACUUAGUACAAAGAAUUAUAAACAAUCAUCCGCUUAAAUAUGUUAUAGAAAAUAUUUAUCUUUAGUGGUAAAUGUUUGUAUAAUACUUAUAUUUUUGUAUUAGGAUAGGUAUUUCUUUAAGGUUAUUUUUGAACUAUGUUGUGUUUGUACAAAGUAAAAGAAAAUAAAAAAAUAAAUUUAAGUUA